GCCCCCUCGUCUCCCUCCGCCAUUUUAGCUAGUUCUCUCUGUACAGCAGGUCCGGCUCAGUCUUCCUCUCCUAAAACCGCCGCGCUGAUCUUCUCCUCUCCUCAUAUUUAACUUUAAUAUUCUUCUUCUGAACUGUGAACUUUAACUCACAGCGAUGCCGAGCCAGCCGCUGCGCGUGGCGGUCGUUUGCUCGAGCAACCAGAACCGCAGCAUGGAGGCUCACAACAUCCUCAGCAAACGUGGUUUUGACGUGCGGUCGUUCGGGACGGGCACUCACGUCAAGCUCCCCGGCCCGGCUCCGGACAAGCCCAACGUGUACGACUUCAAAACCACUUACGAACAGAUGUACAGCGAUCUGGUCCGAAAAGACAAGGACUUAUACACUCAGAACGGUAUUCUGCACAUGCUGGAGAGGAACAAGCGCAUUAAGCAGAGGCCGGAGAGAUUCCAGAGCUGUAAAGAUCAGUUUGAUCUGGUCAUCACCUGCGAGGAGAGAGUGUACGACCAGGUGCUGGAAGAUCUGAACUCUCGUGAGCAGGAAACGUUCCAGCCCGUGCACGUCAUUAACGUGGACAUUCAGGACAACCACGAGGAGGCCACACUCGGAGCUUUCCUCAUCUGUGAGCUCUGCCAAUGUAUUCAGCACACUGAUGAUAUGGAGAAUGAAAUAGAUGAACUGCUGCAGGAGUUUGAGGAUAAAAGCAGCCGUCCGUUCCUCCAUACGGUCUGCUUCUACUGACCUCUGAAUAACACACACACACACAAUACAAUACAAUCUCUGCUGACAGUAAACACACAAGGUCAUAGGUCCAUACAUACCUACAUACACACACAUAUAUAUAUAUAUAUAAGUACAUGUUGAUUGCCUUCUCUUUAUAUACACGCACACACACACACACACACAAUCUCCUGUUCUGAAGCUCAGUCACUCAGUCAGGCUGCUGUUCAGUCCAGCAGAACAGAUCUGAUCUGAUACAGAAACACACCGACAACCACCUCAGGCCAUCCCGGCAGAUUCCACACAGCAGGAUCUCUCACUCAGCACGAUCGCUUCUCUCCAAACUUCAGGUUUUGAAAGAGUAUUUCAUUCUUAUUAUCGAUAAAAACAGUAAUAAUUAGAAUUAUAAAUAUAUAUACAUCUUUCCUACAUAAGAACAUGCAUUUAAAUGUGCCACAUUCUAUAAAUUAAUCUGUAAUAAACUGAAAAUACAGAUCUCUCCUCCUCAGAACUCCUAGAAUCCUUGGUUUGAAUGAUAUAUAUAUAUAAGAGCUGUUCAGGAAGGUAUUGCACAAUCAGUUAGCUGCAUAAUUAAAGCCAGAAGUCAGAAGAUUAUCUGAUUUGGAGAUAUAGAGACAUCUUCAGUUUUGCCUUCAGUGAUGCAGAUCCAAAUCCAUAUACGACCUAAAUAACCCAUUCACCAUCCACCCUCCCUGACCUCACACUCAAUCACCCUGACAUCACUCUCAAUACCUACUGACAGCUUCUGCACCUGGAGAGGGGACACACACACACACACACCAUCACAUCAUUACAAACA